AUGCUGGGCAUCUUCUCGCGAAUACUGCAGAAUCGCCCAUCCUCAUGGAUCGUCUCAGCGGCCAGCGCAUCUGGACGAUGGUGGCCGCAGCCAGAACGCCAUUAUUCCGCGAACAGCUCGAAAUCGCCCACUUCAUCAGACGAUUCAUCUGCUACCGAUGAUGCGAAAUCAACAAUGGUCGCCACGACGACUCAUCGAGGCGGGCAAUUGGCGCUCGACAACGAGAGUGUAGCCCCCGUCUACUAUGAACGAUGCGGAAAGGGCGAGGAGGAUGCGUUUGCAUCUGAAGCGUCGGACGGAUCGUUGUUGGCCCUUCCAUACAAGGACGUCGAUUUUCGAAUUUCUGACAUCGACGAAAACGCACUGGAACAGAUUGGAAUCACGAGCAGACCGGCACACUUGUCAACCGGCGUGUUUCCCGCAACGCCUUUUCCGGUGCUAGGCCGAGUUCAUGGAAAAAACUCUCGGUUAAUGGUGCCCCUCGUAUGUCAACACGUCGAUUCGAAAAAAACACCGAUUCUACACGUAUGGUUUCUAGUUGGCACGGGUGUCCCAUACACCUGUCUAACGGUCAAGUCACUCGAAAAACUGGUCGGCCUGGGCUUCACCAACCACACACAUAACAUUGCAAUUCAGGACCCCAAAACGUACGUCCAAUGCCAAAUUUCUCGAGCCGGAUUUGCCGAUGUAAACGUUCUGGGCAUGGAUGCCAUUCAAGAAUUGGAAUUGUCAAUCAGGUUCGACUGGCAAGUUUCAAAGAAGAUUUUUCAUCUUGUUAAACUG